AUGACCCUUCGCGCAGCUGAGCUGUUUCACAUGAUGAGUGACGCCGUGGACGAAGUCGGACCAUCGCUUGUGAAUAAAGUAAAGGGCGUUAUCAAGUUUGAUAUCAUUGGCACUGAGACGUGGCUCGUAGAUCUCAAGAACGGCAAUGGCAGUGUGAAGAUGGCAACGACAGCGGACAAGGCUGAUGUGACCAUCACUCUGUCGGAGGAAAAUUUGCUCAAGAUGAUGGCGAAUAAGCUCAACCCACAACAGGCAUUUAUGAAGGGACAAGUGAAAAUCAAGGGGAAUAUGGGACUGGCUAUGAAACUCAAUGUGGUGCUAGCGGCUACUCGCAAUUAUAUGAAGACUAAAGGCACUACAGCCACAUCUGCUACUCCUGAGACUGUCCCAGCAGCUACUACUAACGGUCUCAACUCGAAAGAGAUUUUUCGUCUACUUGGAGAAGUGGUGGCUAAGGAUGGUGAUGCUAUGGCCAAGAAAGUCAAGGGUAUUAUUCAAUUUGAUAUUAUAGGGGCUGGCAAGUGGAACUUGGAUUUGAAAAAUGCUACGCCGGCACUUACAGAAGGGGCAAAGAAGGCUGAUGUGACCAUUACAAUCAGCGACGCUGACUUUGUAGCCGUUGCGAUGGGAAAAGUUAAUGCACAACAGGCAUUCAUGAAGGGCAAACUCAAGCUCAAGGGCAACAUGACGCUCGCUAUGAAGCUGCCUGUCGUAUUCAACGCACUCAAGCCACAAUCCAAGCUGUAG